AAAGAAUUUUAUCCUUUUUUUUUUCAAGGCCUUUUUAUUGGUGAUUGAUAACAAAACCUUUUUUCUUUCUACUUCAAAUCCUCUUUUUUUAUCGUUUUGUCAGCACAAGUAGAAUAUUCACCUUUACCUUCUUCUUCGCUUCAUCAGCGACAGAGUUCAAUACAAAUAAAGCAGCAACAACAACAGAACAAGAUGAAGAUGUCUUUUUCAAAUAAAAAGCGUGUCUGGACAAUAGUUGGACUUGUGUCUGCUUGCCUUGUAUUUGCAUGGUUAUUCUUAUCCACACCUUCUUUUAGACAGUUCCAAGGUAAUAAAGUAGCUAUUUUAUUUUUUUCUAAUACGUGGUACACAACAAGAUUCGCCAUCAGACCAUUGUACUGUUCCGUAUCCAGGGAAACCACUUGUACAAUACGCUGUCAUGAUAGAUGCUGGUUCUUCUGGAUCACGUGUUCAUGUCUAUAAAUUCAAUCAUUGUAAACAAGAGCCUGAACUAGAGAAUGAAGUAUUUCACAUGCUUAGGCCAGGUCUCUCUUCUUUUGCUGAUGAUCCUUCUUUAGCUGCUGAUUCAUUAGAUUCCUUGUUGCAAAUAGCACUUGAGAGUGUGCCUGACUCCAUGCAAGCCUGUACUCCCAUUGCUGUCAAGGCAACAGCUGGUUUACGUCUGUUAGGUACAGACAAGAGUACCUCGAUCUUGGAGGCAGUGCGUGACAAACUAGCACACUAUCCAUUCCAUGUAGCAGAUGUGAGUAUCAUGGACGGUAAAGAAGAAGGUGUCUAUGCUUGGAUCACAGUCAACUAUCUCUUGGGCAAACUCAAGCCAACAGAACAGUCUGCAGCCACAUUUGACUUGGGUGGUGCUUCUACUCAGAUUGUGUUUGAACCAGACAGUAUGGUACCAGGUGAACAUGUCUAUCAACUAGACUAUGCACAUCAACAAUAUGAUCUAUACCAACACUCCUAUCUUGGAUUUGGUCUGAAUGAAGCCAGAAAACGAAUUAAACAAGCCAUGGCUGAUCUAUGGACAUCAGACAGCAGUGUCUAUCACCCAUGUCUACCUGACAACUAUACAGAAAUGAUCCAUACCUCAGGCAACGAUACAAGACAAGUUCAAUUGAUAGGCACAAAUGCAGGUCAUGCUGCUUGUCGAGCUGUGAUUGAACAGAUCUUUGAAAAAGAAAAGACGUGUCCACUCACACCUUGUGCCUUUGAUGGUGUCUAUCAACCUCCAUUGAAAGAGGCCUUUUUGGGUCGUGAUUUAUAUGUAUUUUCUUACUUUUAUGACUUGACUCAACCUUUGGGUAUGCCAUCCCAAUUCACUGUGCGUGAAUUAGGUGAACUCUCUGAACGCGUCUGUCGUGGUGAUUUAGAGUUGUUUCGACACAUACCCAAUGCGCCUCGUGUGAUUCGAAAAGACCCCAACUACUGUCUUGACUUGACUUAUACCCAUGCCCUUUUAAGAAUUGGCUAUGAUAUCUCUCCUGAACGCAUUGUACACACAGCUCAAAAAAUACAAGAUGCAGAAACAGGAUGGUGUUUAGGCGCUUCUAUUGCCAUGAUGAAUGACAACCAGUUAUGUUAUUAACAAUAA